AUGGCGACUCCCGAGGAAGAUUACUCUUCACUACCUCUUACUGAGCGAAUUACACAUAAGGUCUGGAAAGUUAGAGUUGCUGCAUAUGAAGAACUUACAAAAAAAUUCUCACAAGCGGAUCCAUCAAACGAAAGCGAGUUUCGGCCUUAUGAUAGUUUUAUGAAAAACAUUGCGACAGACGCUAACGCUGUUGCUCAAGAGACUGGCUUGUCAACACUACAGGCUUAUGUUGAAAAUGCACCUAAUCCGAUAAAGCAAGUGAUUAGGUCUUCUAUCAUACCUGCCAUCGUUGAGAAAGGUUUGGGUUCUUCCCGUACCGGAACGAAGAAUAAAGCAGUUGAACUCAUCCUUACAUACAUUGAGGUGGACGUGCCUGAUCCGGAAGAUGUUCUGGGGGGGUUAAACGCCAAACAACCUAAAAUAGUUUCUAUGACUGUUUUUGCACUUAAAGAAAUAAUAAGAUUAUAUGGGGCAAAAACUGUUAACAUAAAGCCUAUUCUAAAAACCCUACCAAAAAUAUUUGGUCAUACCGAUAAAAACGUUAGAGCAGAGGGUACGCAAUUAGUAAUAGAACUUUAUAAAUGGUUAGGCCAAGCAAUUAAUCCACAUCUACAAGAACUGAAACCAGUUCAGGUUAAAGAAUUGAACGAAGCCUUUGAAAAAUUACCACAAGAAAAAGCUACACAACAACGAUUUUUACGAUCACAGAAAGAGACAGUGGGAGCUGAAAAAGACGUUUAUGACCUAGCAGAGCCUGUUGAUGUACUGUCAAAAAUGCCAAAAGAUUUUUAUACACAAUUGCAAGCCACAAAGUGGAAAGAUAGAAAAGAAGCAUUAGAUGGUCUACUUGAAAUUUGUAAAACGCCGAGGAUUGCGGAUAAUAAUUAUGGAGAAUUAAUUGCAGCGCUUACUAAGGUUACAGGUCCGUUGAUAGAGAAACUAAAAGAAAGGAAACAGAGUGUCGUAGAUGCUUUAGCAGCUGCUUUGGAUGCGAUAUUCUCUACUGUCACUAUUUCUGAUGUUACCGAAGAUAUCGUAGCCGCAGGGAAGCAUAAGAAUCCGCAGGUAAAAUCAGAAACAAUGAAAUGGCUAGUUAGAUGCUUGAAGAAUACCAAAAUAGCCCCCAAUAAAGCAGAAAUCAAAUCAUUGAUCGAAAUGAUGGUAAAAGCUUCUGAAGAUAGUUUUGAGCCUGUUCGUAUUUCUGCUGCAGAAGGUCUCGGUACAAUGAUGAAAGUUAUCGGGGAAAAAGCUAUGAAUCCUUUUAUAGAAGGACUUGAUGAUAUAAAAAAAAGUAAAAUUAAAGAGUUCUUCGAAAAGGCCGAGGUCAAAGUCAAAGCUACUACGGCAAAGAGACCGCCGCCUGCUACCACCCAAACACCUAAAGCCAAACCUGCAUCUAAAGCUACGACAAAAAAGGAGAAUACCGAGCCAAAAAAAGCUGCAGAACCUCCAAAAAUCUCCAAAACUGCAGCACAACCCCCCAAAAAAGGUACGAAACCAUCAGCUACUGCUGCGCCAUCGAAAAAAGGUGCAAAAACCAAGGAAGAAGAACCAUUGAGGUACAGAUUUUCAAAUGAAGAAGUUGAAGAGAAAUUUGCAGACAUAGUUCCAGAAGAACAGACCGCUGGAUUAGGCGACAAAAAUUGGAAGAAUCGUUUAGCAGCAAUUGAAACUCUUUAUGACACGUUAAAUGAGAUGGACCCUUCUACUGUUGAAGCAGAACUAGUAGUUCGAUUUCUUGCAAAAAAACCCGGAUGGAAAGAAAGCAAUUUUCAGGUGCUGACCAAAGCAUUCAAUAUUUUGGAACUGCUCAGUUCCAAGACGCCAUCGUUUGGGAAGCCAACGGCAGCACUUGCUAUUCCUGUAUUAUUGGAAAAAUUGGGUGACAUUAAACUCAAAAAGUGCGCUGGAGAAACUUUAACAGCAUUUACUGAAAAAAUAUCUCUGCAAUUCGUUCUUGGACAAUCCUAUGAUCCAUUGCGGAAGGCUAAAUCUCCAAAAGUAUUGGCUGAUAGUUUAACAUGGUUUCAUGGUGCCAUUAUGGAAUUCGGAAUCGCUGGAGUUCAAGUGCGGGAAUUGAUUGAUUUCAUCAAGUUCGCAUUAUCAAGUUCUAACGCAGCUGUCCGUACCAAUGCUGUCACUGUUUUGGGAGCAUUGAGGAUUUAUGUCGGUCCAGAUAUUAGGACAUUUGUUCAGGAUUUAAAUCCUACGCAACUUGCUACCAUUGAUGUUGAAUUCGAAAAAGUUGCUGACCAGGCCCCUCCGCAGCCUAUAAAAACAAGUGCCGAAGUGACAAGUUCAGGGCGCGGUGGAAAUGACGCAUUGGAAGAGCUUUUCCCAAAAGUUGAUAUCGGCGCACAAUUUACUAGCAAAAUGAUGACAGAUGCUAAUGAUGAUAAAUGGAAAACACGAAAAGAUGCUCUUGAACAAGUUCUUGCUAUUGUAGAUGCUAACAAGAGAAUUAAGCCAAACUUAGGUGAAUUUACACCAAUUCUUAAAUCACGCCUUGCUGAUAGCAAUAAGAAUCUUCAAAUGAUGGCACUGGACAUUUGUGGCAAGCUUGCAACAGCCAUGGGCAAGCCUUUCGAUAGAUACGUAAAAAUGUUAGUCGCUCCUGUGAUAGCUGUGCUAACAGAUCAAAAGGCUACCGUACGUGGUAGUGCUAUUGGUUGUUUGGAGUGCUUGGCGUCUGCUACUGGUCUUGAUCCUAUGAUUUCUUCAUUCGCAACCAGUCUUGCUACUGAAAACCCUCUAUUGAGAAAAGAUUUAUUAAGUUGGCUCUCUGAUCGUCUCAAAGAAGCGGAUGAAAAAAACCAUUUACCAGAUUUACAAAUAUUAGUUCCGCCUAUGUUGUCAUGCUUACAAGAUCGCAAUGGGGAUGUAAGGAAAGCUGCACAAUCAUGUUUAGGACCUGUCGUAAAAAGUGCUGGUUAUGAUUUUGUGGUAACGAAAUGUGGAGAUCUUAAGGGAGCCGUAAAACAAACUAUAAUGCCAAUGAUUGAAGCAGUUCGACCAGCACAUGGAACAGGUCCUCUUCCAAGAGGGAAAGAUUCUAAAAAAUUAGGAACAAAAUCAAGACUUGCUGUGCCAUCAAGUUCGAAAGACGGUAAAAAUAGUGAAACUGAUGCUUCUGAUGAUGUGGAUGAAGACGAUGCACCAAAAUUACCACCUGGAUUAAAACUCAGACCACCGGCUGGCUCCACACAGGGUAUACCAACUAGAUCUGUUGCCAUGUCACAUCCUAAUUCAGCAAAUGAUGCUUCAGGUUUAGUUCCUCCCAAUGGACAACAUUCGUUGGGUACCAAUAAUGGUCCGCCAUCAUCAUUAAUUCCUCCAAACAAACUUCCAUCACCAGCUCAAAGGGGCGGUUUACCUCCAAGUGGAAUAGGCAGGGGUUUACCUGCACCUUCUCGUCUUCAGUUCUCACGGUUCCGUCAGGGACCGAAUGGGCAAACAUCAUUACAGAAUGAUAAUUCCGAUGAUAAUGGCCAAAAGAAAGAAUAUACUAGUAUGGACAUUGAUAAAUUUGAAUAUUCAGCAGCCACCAAUUCUGAAAGUUCAACAGUAGUAAAUUCAUCUGGAAUAGCACCAGCUAGACAGCGUACUUCUGAACGUGGCAAUGUCUUUUUAGUAGAAGUAGCUAUAUCUAAAAUUAUGAGCUUUGAACAUCAACAGAGUAUUGAAGCAUUGAAAGAGCUGGAUAAACAUUUAAACACUUCUCCUGAAUCAAUUAUUCCUUAUGUCGAUGAACUUGUUAAUGCUCUAACUAUUCAAGUACGAAUGUCAUACACACAACUUGAUCCACAAUCACAAAUCCUUGUUCGACUGUGCAAACACCUUGUGAAUGCUUUAGUUCUGUUGUUUUCAAAUAAGAAUUUGGCAUUGGCUGUUUCACAAGAAUCACUUGAGCGAUUAUUGUCAGAGCUUGCUCAUCGUCUUUUGGAUCUAAAUCUUCAAGUAUUGGAAGCAGGCCAACAAUUAUCAAAAGCUUUGAAUGUUUCAAUGGUGAAAGUUCUCGAAAAUAGUAAUCGUAAUGCAACUUAUAGUGCUUUAAUAUCUAUUCUAGAAAAAUCAUCAGCAAACCUGCGAGAAGUAGAUGCCGCUGCGGCUACAACUCAUACAAAGUUCACAGAACUAAUAAUGAAAUGCUUAUGGAAAUUGGCACGAUCAGUACAGGAAAACCUAAAAUCCGGCAUUCUUUUGCCAAAUAAGUUAUUAAGGGAUCUUAAUAACUUUUUCCUUGCUAUACCACCAGCUGAAUGGAAAAGGCGAGCUUCGGAAAAAGUUCCAUUGGGCGAAAUGCCCCUUCGUACCGUAAAAACAUUACUGGUUGAAUUAGUAACAGGCCUCGGCGAGAAUGUAUUUGAUCAUCUAGAUCUCAUUGACGAUCCACAGCGUAGCUAUGUAUAUCCCUAUUUACAUCAUAUGCUUGAAGCAUGCCGUAAAAAAGAAAAACAACCAACUAAUACAAAUGUACCUUUCGAUAAUUCACCAAGCCGUCCAUCAUCAAUUGGCUCCGUAAAGUCAGUUGUGAACGACGCUACUUUUUCAAAUUUCGAGGCCGCACAAGUUUCUUCGUCACGUGAACAAAUUCAACAGUCGCCUACUCCAAAACAAAUAAAUGAAGUGCAUGCGAGAGGCUCACCGAUACCAGAAGUUCCCGGACAAAUUAACGAAACUCAAUAUAAUAGCUCGGAACCGGCCAGUCCGGCCUCCCCUAUGACACCACGAUUUCCCACGCCAACUAACAACAGCCGCUCUUCGGGGUCACAUGAAGUAGAAAUGAAUUCACGAUUAACACAAAUUUUCCUUAAAAUUGGAACUCGAGAAGAAACAAAACAGGGUAUUUACGAAUUAUAUGAAUUUCAAAAACAACAUCCCGAAAUGGAGAGUAAAGUUACGUCACAUUUAUCCAAAACUGGCCCAUACUUCCAAAGUUAUAUACGUCGUGGCCUUGCAAAUAUUGCUGCUGAAGAAGAAGAAAAGGAACGUGCUAACGUAAUUGCCGAAGUGAAAACUUUAUUCCCUCUGGCUGGAAAUGCCGCAGAAAGUAGUCAGACAGAAGUGCAAAAUGAAGCCACUUGCUCUCCUACAAAAAAACCAUUAGGAAACCCUACCAGAAAGAGAAUUCUGAUCAACGAUUUGAAUAACGAUAAAAUAAUUCGUAUAUUUGAGUAUGGAUGGGUGACCACGAAUUUUUAUGGUCACGCGAUUAUAGGCAAAACAAUUUUCGAAUUUCUUAAAUUGUUAAAUUUAGUGGGUUUGGGAAAUAUAGAAGAAUUUUUUUUAUUAGAACGUAAAGCG